AUGCCGAGACCUCCUCUAUCACAGAACCGCACUCUGCAGAUCCUCGAUGCUGCGCAGCAAAGAGGAUAUGCCGUCGCUGGAUUCUGUUGCUACAACCUCGAGGCGGUUGUAGCCUCCAUCCGUGCUGCCGAAGCAACAUCCUCGCCCGUAGUUGUGCAGCUGUUUCCGUGGGCAAUUCAAUACGCAGGAGACGCACUUGUCCGCGCUGCGGCUGAUCUUUGCCAUUCCGCAUCUGUACCUGCGUCACUGCAUCUCGACCACGCCCAGUCACCAGAGCUUGUGCGUCGUGCAGCGGAUAUUCCAGAUGGUUUCGACAGCAUCAUGGUCGACAUGAGCCAUUACGAAAAAGAGGAGAACCUUGCUCUUACAAGAGAGCUUGUGAAUUAUUGCCAUGAGCGAGGCAUUGCAACGGAAGCAGAGCCAGGCAGAAUCGAAGGCGGAGAGGAUGGAGUUGCUGAGACGAUCGACCUUGAGGGUGUCCUGACAACCCCUGAGCAAGCCGAAGAAUUUGUUGCUACUGGCAUCAAAAUGUUGGCCCCCGCGUUUGGAAACGUGCAUGGGGAGUAUGGACCGAGGGGGAUCAAGCUCGAGUAUGAUCGACUGGAGACGGUCAACGCAACUGUAGGAGACCGAGUCCGUCUGAUCCUUCAUGGCUGUGACCCUUUCACAGAGGAGAUUUUCACACGUUGUAUCAAUGCCGGAGUGACGAAGAUCAACAUCAACAAGGGUAUCAACAAUCACUACGCCAGUUCGCAGGAAAAGACCCGCGGUCGUCCUAUUACCACAACCAUUGAAGCUGGUACAAAGAGCAUGCAAGAUGCAGCCGAGAAAUACAUGCAUUGGUUUCGCUCUGCUGGAAAAGCCUAG